GCUAGGGUCAGAACGGUCCACCUCUGCAGAGCCCCGCUUGCAAAGGUAAGGGGUUAAUACAAUGGAGUUCCCCCCGGUGCUCCAAGGUUGAAACCAGUUGGGACUAGUCUUCUAUCUAGCCACGCAUCCUUCGACCUGGUUCCCCGUCUUGGAUUUAGAAUUUUUGAUGAUGUUGUUUCCUCUUGGUCCAGGUGUUUAAGCCAAGACCCCCCCCCACUCCAUUGGCCCGCGAGACAUGACCACAGACAGCCAAGAAGCGUUGGUGUAACAGGAUGUUUCCGAGGUUAGCCCCAGAUCCCAUCUGGCAUCGUAUUCCUGGUGCAAUCCCUUGGCCACGACACUACAGCCGGGACAAGAGAAGUUGGUCCGCGGCAAGGUAUUUAAAAGGCUGCCAGUUGAGGUUUUAAGCACAACGAGCCGAUUUUAUUUCCCUGCUGGCCUCCUCCUCAUAUGAAAUCAUCGUCAGAGGCCGUCCUCCUAUCCGCCACCUGGAGACGCGCCGGCUGGUGCUUCACCCCUCACACUAUACGAGCAUACACACUCGUACACUCGCACGUGCACCCGGUUCUAAGUUAACGAACUUAUCAGGUUAGAAUUUGGAAGUGUAAGAAUAAGAAUAACAUAACCAAACAUUUUCACAGUGUGUCUGCAUAGGCAGAUCAUUUCUGUUCCCAGUUAAUUCCUCCAGCUUAUUCUCUAGCUUUGCUCGAAUUGUUUGUGAUAUCUUAUAAUUUGUGGCGUGCUCUUCAAGUGAUCAAUUUAUAUUAGUGUUCUGUAGUGAUCAAUAUCAAAAUUAUGAGCAAAAGGAAAAUUGCAGCUAUAGUGUCAUUAGCCUUCGAUUCAUUUUUUGAUGAUGAUGAUGAAGUGGAGGAGGAAAUAACAUGUGUUAUGUUAUCUUCGAGGAUGAUUGAGAAGCCUGUAGCUAAGCGCAGAAGGAUCUGCAUUCAAAAUUAUGAAGAAGUUGUUCUACAUUAUUCUCCAUCAGAAUUCCAAGGUCAUUUUCGAUUAGAAAGGAGGACAGUUCAGGAUAUUCUGGAAAAAAUUGGGGAAAAAGUAUAUAGGGCAACUUCACUAGGUGGUAGACCAUCCUGUCCCCAAAAACAGCUACUCCUAACAAUAUGGAUGCUAGCUAAUCAAGAAGUCUAUAGGUCAGUAGCAGAUAGAUUCAAUGUUUCAUUGAGUACAGCCUGGGAAUAUUUCCAAAGAGUUGUAAAUGUGCUGUUGGAAGUAUCUUCAAUAUACAUCAAAUGGCCUGAAUCAUAUGAAAAUAUAACUAGAAAAUUCAAAAAGAGAGGAGGAAUUGAUGGUGUGAUAGGGGCAAUAGAUGGAACCCAUAUUUCUAUUACAACUCCUUCGUACAUGUCGAAUAAGUACUUGAAUAGGAAACAAUACCAUUCUAUUGUUUUACAAGGUGUUUGUGAUGCCUCAUACAUAUUCACAGACUGUUUUGCAGGAUGUCCAGGAAGUAUGCAUGAUGCUCGUGUAUAUAGGAUGUCUCCAUUAUUCACACAAAUAAUGCCGAAUAUAACUGGAGAUUACCAUUUAUUGGGUGAUUCACCAUACCCUAAUGCCACCAAUCUCAUAACACCAUAUAGAGAUAAUGGGCAUUUAACGCGACAACAGAGGCACUUUAAUUAUCUACAUUCAGCAACUCGUGUUCAUAAUGAAGAGUCGUUCGAAUUUCAAAAUUUGUUAAUAUUUAUAAAACUGAAACAAUUCCAAAUAUUAUAAUUGCGUGUUGUGUUUUACACAAUAUAUGCAUGCAAAACAAAGAUAAGGAUAUAGAUAUUAAUCUUGAUGAGUUAGAUAGUGGACAAAUAAUUGAUGAGAUUGUUCCAGAAGACUCUGCAUCAUAUAACAAGAGAGAUACAAUCUGUAGACAAAUAGCCACAUAAAUUUUUUCAAGCCA